CAGAACUCCUGUGUAGAGGUGACAUCACCAGAAAGGUGGGUCGCCCUUUUAAGAUGGGCUGUGGCUUGUUGCCUCUUUAAGAGAAGGCUGUCCCCAGAACAGAGGAAGUGAUUGAAUGUAACUGAGAGGGAAGAAAGAGAGGAAUAAAGCGAAAGAAGGGGAGGCUGAGGAAGGCAGGUAGAAGUAAGAAGGGAGACAAAAAAAAGAGGAGAAAGAGAAGGGAGACGCAGGACUGGGUGGCAUAGUGUUAAUCCGGGCACCAGCUCUGAGGCCAAGCAUGUGGGAGUAUUAGGGAAUACACAGGAAGGGCGGGGUGAGGAAGAGAGUUGUAGGAGAGGAAUUGGAAAAGAAGAGAUUAGGGGAGAAGGGGCAUUGCUGGAGGUGAGGGGCACAUUCCUUCCUGCAGGAGGAGGCUCAGACUCACAGUACAGUAUGAGUGAGACAGCACUGGUCACAGCUCGUGCCAAUGUCAUGGUCUAUGAUGAUUCCAGUAAAAAAUGGGUGGCAGCUGGAACUGGUGCCCAAGGACCCAGUCGUGUCCAGGUCUUUUACAACCCUACAACACAAGCAUACCGUGUGGUGGGGAGGAAGAUGCAAGAUCAACAGGUUGUAAUAAACUGCCCACUGGUGAGAGGACUAAAGUACAAUCAAGCCACACCUAACUUCCACCAAUGGAGGGACAGUCGUCAGGUGUGGGGCCUGAACUUUUCCAUUAAAGAAGAAGCAGGGCAGUUUGCUGCAGGAAUCACACAGGCCUUGGAUGCACUGGAGACUGGUUCCAAUACAUGGAUUCCUCAGAAUGGCCCCAAAGUUGAAGAGCCAGAGCAGCCCAGAAGGAUGCAACAGGAAAUUGAACAGAGGAUUCAGAGCCCAGUUGCCCCAGUUAUCCCAACUCCUGCUCCUGCUGCUCCACCUGGCCCACCUCCUCCCCCAGGGCCACCCCCACCACCAGGGGGCCCACCUGCUCCCCCUGGAGGUGGUCCCCCACCCCCACCACCACUUCCAUCUGGGGGUGGAGGAAGCUCAGGUGGAGUUUCUGGGGGACUAUUAGCAGCCCUUGCUACAGCAAAAUUGAGGAAAGUGGCAAAGGAUGAUGCUGGGGGUGGAUCCUCCCCAGUUGGUGGAGUGCCUGCAAAGCCAGACAUAAGUCGCACAAGUGGUGGGGCGGCAACAGGAGGGGGUGGUGGAGGAGGAUUGAUGGACGAAAUGAAUGCAAAACUGGCUCGCAGGAAGAAGAUUACACAGCAAGGGGAGCGUCCACCACCCACCACAACCCAAGAUGAUAAUGACAUUCAGGGAGGAGGAGGCCAAAAUGAUAUCAGCCGCCGCCCCUGGGACAGAGGAAGCACCACGUUACCAAGGAUGAAAUCCACAGUUGGGAGUACUGAGGUGGCCCCAAAUUCAGAGGACUCUGACUCAAUGGAAAGAAUCAAGCAGGAAUUGCUGGAAGAGAUGAGGAGAGAGCUGCAGAAAGUGAAGGAAGAGAUUAUUGAAGCAUUUACACAGGAGCUGCGCAGAAGGGGUACUCCUUGAAUCAAGCCUUACCUUUUAAGAUGACUCAGGCUCCACCAAUAGUGCUCUACCGAGGGACACUCAUUCCUUCUUUUGCAGGGUCCUAUAUUUGAGGGAAAUAUGCAUUUGCUUGCACAAAAAGUAUCUUGUGCUGAUCUCUUACUUCUCUGGGCAUGCCUACCUGUACUUAAUUGUACAAAAUCCUGCACUAAUCACUGCUGUAGUCAUACAUUACUGUACUAAUCAAGUUCUGUAAACAAAUGCUGUACUAUGAGAUGCUGCACACAUUCCACUGCUAUCUACACAACAGUAUCCUGUUUUAGCCAAACUGCAACCGGUACUCAUCGCUGCACCUCACAUGGACACAUUCAUUUUCUCUCUGCCCAUUUCUUCUCCUUGCACAUGUGCGGCUCUAAACGGGUUAGCAGAAGUUUUAAGCUUCGACCAAUAGGACUUUUUUUUUAAAUUUAUGGGAUAAUGGGGUUUUUUUUAAAAAAAAAAAAAAUCAUCAUUUCAAAAUGUUUUGUAUAUGUAUGUUGUAUCAGAGGUAGUGCUACUCAAAGCGAUCUGCUGGUGUGCAAAUGGUGGCGGGUAUAGGGCUAUUCAUAGUGUUAGAAUACUAGGGUCUCACACUGGAUAGGGGAAUCAGUCAGUCUGGGUUGGGGAAGCACCAAAUCCACUAUUUUGGAUUUGACCAAACCCCCGAAUCCUUUGCGAAAGAUCGGCUGAAUACUGAACCCGAAUCCUAAUUUGCAAAGAAAAUUUUUACUUCCUUGUUUUGUGACAAAAAGUCAUGCAAUUUCCCUCCCCGUCCCUAAUUUACUUUGCAUAUAAGGAUUCGGCGAAUCCUGCUGAAAGGCCUAAUCCCGAACCGAAUCCUGGAUUCGGUGUAUCCCUAGUCUGGGGUGCCCAUGACUGCCCUAUAUUUCUGCUACGUAAUGCACACGUAGCAGAGGGGUAACUGAGGGGAUAAGUGCUUUGGAGUAUAUUAUAACCUUAAUAUAUAUAUAUAUAUAUAUAUGUGGAAUUUUUUUGUAUCCAGUUUUCUAGAAAUAAAUCUUGGCCUAUCA